CUGACUUGUCAUGUGAUUCGCACUCCUUCCACUGCAGUAUUGUCUCUCCUGUAGCUUCUACACUGGAUAGAAAGGCAGGGAACACAUACUGGGCGAGUUCAGGCCACCUCUGGUCUCUAGAAGAUGAGUGCAAGUAAGGAGCAGCGGCGGCGGGAUGGCUUUAAGGGCUUGUGGUCUAAUAAUAUUCCGGAGAUGCAAAGCGGGAAUCUCAGCUGCUGCCAUGGAUGAUAUUGAGUUCCUUCUCCUGCAGACUUCUUACGGGGAACACCACUGGACACCACCAAAAGGCCACGUGGACCCUGGAGAAGAUGAUAUGAGCACAGCCCUGAGAGAGACGGAGGAAGAGGCCAGCCUGGACUCCAGCCACAUCAAAUUGGUAAAAGGAUUCUGCAAAGAACUGAAUUAUAAUGUCCGAAACAGGCCAAAAACAGUCAUCUACUGGCUUGCGGAGCUGAAGGACUACACCACUCAGGUGAAGCUCUCCAACGAGCAUCAGGACUUCCGCUGGCUCCAACUGGAAGAGGCCUGUAUAUAUGCCGGGUACCAAGAUCUGAAAGACACCCUGAAGGAGGCGCAUCACUUCUUUCUCAAUCAGGAAACAGAACCCAGACAGCAGUAAAGGGGUGCUAUCCUCCCCUAAAAAUGUUUAAAGGGACAUUUAUGGCAACAAUAAAAUGAUAUAUAUGUGA